CGAGCUAUCUCUCAGAAAUGUUAGCUUCGUAUUAUUCUAAAUCAGGCAUUAUGAAACUUGGAAUUUAUUUCGUGACUGUUUUUGGAAUAUUUGGAAUAGUUUCAUCAAUUCCAGACUGCCUAAAAUCUAACAAAACUUGCCCCCUGGAAGUGAAACACUUUUCCCUCGCGCCAGUUUCGUUGACAACUUGGGGAAGAUGUAGGGACGAGUGCAAUGCACUGGAAAACUGCACUUCGUUCACGUUUUUCGACAACAGGGGAGUUCCCUUCAAACGAUUGUGUUUUCUAUUCACGCAGAAAUGUCAAGAGUCAGACUUGAUCACAUGCGAAGGAUGUUACUCGGGGUACCAAUGCAACUAUUGCAGUGUCGAAGGACUCGCUUUUUCAAUGGACGGAAAAAAUCUAAUCAGAAUGCUCGCAGCGACAAACGAAGAAACCUGUCGAGAGCAGUGCUCAAAGGAUAAAAGCUGCGCGUAUUAUACUAUUAAUUUUGGUGAUAGUAAUCUGAUGCCAAAUACUUGCAUUUUAAUGUCGGCUUCAUCCAGUCCCGAGGUCUGUAAGUCGUGUCGUACGGGUCCGAAGGCCUGUAACUUUGGCGCAACAUGUAAGCCGAAUGAAGCUGUUAUUUUGAGCUCAACACCCGCUACUUUUCAAAAAUUCGAGACAAACGUGACGAUAAAAAUUGAGACUAUGGGCUGUUCGGCCAAAGCAAACGUACUCGCAAUUGGAGGGGGAGGAACUGGGGGCUACAGUUACAACGGGUACUAUUAUGGCGGAGGAGGUAGUGGAUUUUUGAAGCACUCGUCUACUUUCAUCCCUUUCACAAAGAUAUUCUCGAUUUUCAUUGGUCAAGGAGGCAAGGACAUCUAUAACGACAAGUACAAUCAGUAUCAACACAGAAGCCAGAGAGUGACACCAACCCAACAAUCUACUUCUAGUCCUCCUUUUUCUGGACAACUAUCGAUGGUGGUAGACGAGAACGAAGAUGUGAUCAUUCGAGCCCAGGGCGGAGAGGGCGGGUACAGCACUGCCGGGGGCAACGGAUUCAGUGGGGGAGGAUCGGCAGGGGGACAAAACGGUGGCAACAACGGAAGUGACGGGGGAAGUUCUGCCCAGUAUAAGGGGGGUUGUGGCAGUGGAAUCGACAUAGAGCGGGACGUGCAGCCUUUGUUCCGAAAGUUUCAUCUGGAUCCAGCUGCGGGAAAUAACGGGUCGACAAGUCCUUCGAGUAGUGCCUAUGGAGGAGGUGGAGGAGGUGUGUUUGUGAACGGGAGAAACUAUUCUUAUGGUCAAGGCGGAGACGGUGAGGGAUCUGGGAUAGAAAAAGGAAACUCAGGCGUCAUUCUCUUCGAGAUACAGUUCUAA